ACAAAUGUUUCAUUUUGUAUUUGGCAAAAAUAAAAAGCUGGCAAAAAAACCAAAGCCUUGGAGUAUUAACCUUCUCUUGGAACUUGCGCGAAGUGGUUGGGUUAAAAUUAAAAAUGAGGUUAUGCAAAAAUUUGGUUUAACAUGCAAAGAUGUUGAAUAUCUAACUGUAAUUGACUUAUUAGACAAUCUUAUUCCAGCUACACUUGAUGUAUAUGCAGUUUUAUUUCGCUCAGGUUCAUUUGAAGAAUAUGUGGAAACUGUGUUUCGUAUUUGGACAUUUGCUUUACGUUGGAAAAGAAAAAAUUAUAAUAAAGCGCCUCUUAUAUUUUUAUCAGAUUUAUUUUAUUGGCAAGAUAACCAUCACCCAUUUGCUGAUGCAAUUAAAAAUUAUUUACCAUGUUUUAAUGACUAUUACGUUGAAAACACUCAUAGCCUAAUAAGAGCAAAUACAUCUUCAAAUGCUACAGCUGAAACCAUUAUAAAACAGGCUUAUGUUAUUGGUAUAAUAAAUAUAAUAAUAUUAAUUUUUCAUUACAUAUUAUUUGUUACUUAUUCCUAACAAUUUAAAUAGCGGAUCAUGAUCCUAUCUUUAAAGAUACAUUUCGCAAAACUCGCAAUUAUUCGUACAAUCUAUCUACACUUAAAUUCCUGUCUGAUAAGACCAGUCUCUUCCUACUUAAUUACUUCCGUAAUAUAUUUCAUAACCAAAAUAAUAGCACUCCCUUGUACAAUAAUACAAGAAAAAAAGAAAAAAAAUUAAGAGGAUACAAAC